CAUUCUAGAAAAAGCCCCGUCAUCAUGAGAAAAGACCCCUACCAUCGUCUUAAGGGUGGGCCACACCCCCACCCGCACUAUCAUCUUAAGGGUUGGUUGUAUCCCGUCCCCUUACUCCCCCUACCCCUACGUUUCUCAUGUGCCAAGUUAAUGAGUCUAUCUGUCCCUAUGAGACAACAAUACUAUGAAUUAAGAGAGGCGGUUUCAAAAGGAUACAUGACAAGAAUGGAGGCAAUAGACUUUUUGGAGUAUCAACUCCCUGCACUUUAUUACAAUUACGACUAUCAGCGAAUGAUCGCCACACAGGCACUGGAGAUACUGCAAGAAUGCGCAGCUGAGAAAAUGAAUUGCUGGAUGCACAGCCUGAUCGAGUUGGUAAUACAAAUCGGAGAGUUUUGCGACCCUGGAUUAGAAUUUACCGGGGACCGAGAAAUCUUGGACACAUUGAUCAGAGUGUCAAAAUAUUUGAAACCGCUCGAUAGCGGUUUUACACCGACUUACGAAUAGAGGUAGAUUCUAAGAUUUUGUUAGUUUUUAAUAAGUUAAGUUUAAUAAACGCUAUUUUUUUCUAAAUUUA